GAUCUUACUUUUCUGUUUCCGGUGCUGUGCUGUCGGAUAAAGCCGUAAUCGAUCCGCUUACUUCAGCCCUUCCCCUUCUCUGGCAAAGGAAUAAUGAAAAAAUCAUGUUAUCGCUUUCCAGAACAUUUCGUGCUCUGAAGAAAUCGCUCCAACUUCUCGAUCAAUAUUAUGAUCAAGUUGAUCAAAGCAACUCUCAAAUAGAUAACCUAUUGCAUCCUUCUUUUCCCAAAGUGACUAUAGAUUAUAAAUCUUAUAACGUUCAGAUUAAUUUUCAAAUUGGUGGCUAUCUUCUUUGGGAGGUUAAACUUAUAGAAAAACAAGGAUCAUAUGAAAAAGCCUACGUGAAAGCUGUCCAAAAUCAUCACUAUUCAAUAGAUACACAUCAGCACUUAGCACAAGUAGGAUAUGCUCCAAAAGUCCUUGCUAUCUCUUCUAUUCCCGGAAAUUGGCUUUUGGUUUAUAUGGAAUGUUUGGACAAUCAUUCAACAUUAAAUCACAUCGCUUCUAACCUUAAUCAACAAGAACGAAAUUCUUUAGGAGAGAAAAUCGAAAAAGCAGUCAAGUAUUUGCAUGAUUCAGGACAUGUGCAUGGAGACUUACGCGAAGGGAACAUUAUGAUUCAUAAGCUUGAGGAUAACGAUUUUGACAUAAAAUUAAUUGAUUUUGAAUGGUCUGGAAAGGUCGGUUUUGCACGUUAUUCUCAUUUUAUGAAUCGAUUUGGCAUUAAAUGGGCGGAUGGAGCAGAUGAUGGUGAAUUGGUUACACAGACCCACAAUCUCACUUUGUUGAAUCUGACUUUCCAGAAAGCGAAUUUAAAGAUUGUAUAG